AUGUCGACCUUUGAUGGCGUUGUUGAAGUCGAUUACUUUCGGAAUUGCCCUGAGCGGCCUGCGCCACUGGCUUGCUUUCUAAGCCAUGUGCAUAGUGAUCAUCUGCAGGGCCUUGAGUCAUUUCGAGCGCCGUUCAUUUACUGUUCGCCAGCGACACGAGAGUUACUAUUACGGAUUGAGCAAUAUCCGCACCGGAUGAACUUUAACAAAGGGAUCCUAGAGUCACGCAGACUACACUAUAAACAUCUCGCAAAACUUCUGGUAUUGUGUUCUAAUCUCUCUCGGUUGAAGUCAAAGCUUAUCCUUGAACAGCGCCCUAUCCCGUUGAAUACGCCAAUAGAGAUUGAACUUACCCCACGACGACGUGUCAGGGUAACAUUGUUCGAUGCCAAUCACUGUCCUGGGGCGGUGAUGUUUCUGAUCGAAGGCGACGGCAAGGCAAUCAUCUACUCGGGUGACAUUCGAGCUGAGAAAUGGUGGGUAAGUAGUUUGAUUCGCCACCCCAUCUUGAUACCAUACACUCUAGGCCAGAAACGGCUGGAAAGGUUGUAUCUGGAUACCACCUUUGCGAGCAAGAAAAAUCCAUUUCGCGAGUUUCCUUCCAAGGCCGAGGGUCUCGCGGAGCUGCUGCAGAAGGUGGAAGCCUAUUCUGCUGACACCAUCUUCUAUUUUCGCGCAUGGACAUUCGGCUAUGAAGAUGUAUGGAUAGCGCUGUCAGCAGCGCUGAACACCAAGGUACAUGUGGAUCGCUACCAGAUGGGUCUUUACCGGUCUUUGACCCGAAUCCUGGGCAACAAGGGCUCCAGUGAAGCACCUCCACUGUGUGGCUUUGAGCUGGGAAACAGAAAUAUAGAAGGCUGCUUGAGCAACAAUGAGAGCAAUCGAAUUCACAGCUGCGAACCAGGUGUCGCGUGCGCAUCAUCUCGUGGACCCAAAUCAGUCUAUAUCAUGCCGAUUGUCAACCGCACCUCUGCCGGUACAGAAAUCCCCGAAGUUGGUGCAGGCGGUGGUGUCGGGGAUCUAUACCAAACCCAUGAACUUGAGCUACCGGAUGAGUCUGCCAUGGCUGAGCUAGAGAAACUUUGUUCUCAGCGUAUACAAGAUCAAGAGGCGCUGUCUCAGAUGCGAAAUGCAUUGAAUAAUGCAUUUCACUCAAGAAAAAAAGCGCUCUCACUUGAUACAUACGGCUUGAGUGAAGAAGGGGAGAUCACACUAGAAAAUCUAGUGACUGCCCUUAGCCAUGGUCCUUCGGCUUCCACCGAUGAGUCCUCUGGGCCUGAUCUGCCCAAUACAAUACGCUUCCCAUAUUCCCGACACUCUUCGUACUCCGAAUCAUGUGAAUUGGUCGCUGCAUUCCGACCCAAAGACAUCCAUCCAUGCACGGUGGACCCCUCGUCAUGGAACGAGAAUGUCUCUAUUCGAACUUUAUUCGGCCACCUCUGUUCGGAAAAUAGAUUUGCCCACGAUGAGCAUAUGCGGCAGACCUUGGCAGAUGAGAGCGAUGGAGAAGGUCUGCGCGCAAAGAAGAGACCUCGUCUUGACUUCGACCUUUCUACCCAAUCGACAGAUACAAGUGAUGGGACCGGAGAUUUCAGCCUUCACACGAUUCACUUGAGUCAACAUGUCCAACCUCGAAUCACUGCGAAUCAAGCGAAUAUAUCCGAUGUUUCAAUUACACUCGACAAACCCCAGGUCCACGUAGAACAAGCCCUCUCCUCUCAGGCCAGUAUCCUACCAUCUACAUGCUCUACAGAUAAUGAAGAUGGUUAUGGACCCAUCAAUAUUAAGGAAGUAGCCCCAGGAAAUACAGAGCCUUAUCCUACAAUCCCAAACCCCGAACCAAAGUCACCAAGCAUAAUCGAUCUAACUACCGACGAUAUGACCUCCCCCAUCCACCCCGACACUCAAAAACGAGAAAGUCAACUCACGGAUUCAUUCCCUCUCUCGAUUUCUGAGUCGGCACUCGCAUCAUCGGACCAAAGACUUGUGGAUAGUGGCACACAAAUCUCAGAAAAGGAUGAUGCAAGUCUACGUCUCUCACGUCGUGCUCGUAUUGCCGCUUAUCUUGCUGCACGAGAGGAUACGUUUACAGCAUGGACGAAUGUCUCGCUUGUUACUGCGAGGGAUAAUCAUACCGAAGAGGAGAUCGAACUAUAG